CGCAGACAGAGGAGAGUCAGUAUCUUCAUAUCAACUUCUCUAGACCAGUAGAAAUAGUCAGACUUCUGUUUUGGUAGAAGGUAUUUUUGCGCCCCAAUAGUGCCAAGUAGUUGUCGUACAGUACAGUCAUGGUGUCCUGUGCUCUCUUCAUCCUGGGACCUUUUUGGAUCCACAUUCUCACACAAGUCUGCAAGGGAGAGGAGCUGCCCCGGGAAGCAGUGUUGUCCUGGUUCAGAGAGCGGGUUCUGGAGGGCCUCGGGCUGGAGGAGCCUCUCCCAACCCCAGUGCAGAGUCCCGAUGGGGACACGGCACAGCCGGAAUCAAGACAUGCACCCCGGAGGGCCCCCAGGACAAGCAGGACAGCGUGGGUCAACCAUCAAAGCAGUCUGAAUCAGGAAACUUCUCAAAUUAUUCUCUUCCCCAGUUCUGACUCCGCCUGUGCCAGAUCUGACUCAGCUCCUGGAGAAACCACCGACAAACACUUUACAUAUUAUUUCCAGCCGUCCAAGAACAACCACGAGACCCUGGUCACAUCUGCCCACUUCUGGUUUUAUGCAGGGGAAGCAGCCACAGGCAACUCCUCCGCCCAGCUGUUCAUCCUCACUUCAGCGCAGCAGCUUCUUCAGGCGGCGGAGGCUCCAUCAACAACGAGCUCAGAUGGAUGGACCACCUACCAGUUCAACCAAAACCUGCUGGCCUCUGUGGCUGAGGGGCCUUUUCUGCUCCAGGUCCGCUGUGCAGCCUGUCAGUGCCACGCCGACGAACCAGACAAGAUGCCCUUUCUUCACCUCCACGCUCAGCCUCGUGGUCCUGUCCGUUCACCCCGCCAGACCCUGGCAACACUUCCCUGGUCUCCUUCUGCCAUCAACCUGCUCCAGAGACCCUCUCAGGACAGACCCCAGCACAGCGACUGCCACCGAGCAGAGAUUGAAAUCAGCUUUGAGGAGCUGGGAUGGGACAGCUGGAUCGUCCAUCCAAAGGUGUUGACUUUCUACUACUGUGAAGGUAACUGCUCGUCCUGGGAGCACACCACCGCCAUGCUGGGGAUCACACAAUGCUGCGCUCCGGUCCCGGGGACAAUGAAGUCCCUGAGGAUCACCACGACAUCUGAUGGCGGGUACUCGUUCAAUUAUGAGACCUUGCCCAAUAUUAUACCGGAAGAGUGUACUUGUAUCUGAACAUUAAAGCUUAAAAGGGUCAGUUCACCCAAAUUACAAAAAUAAUUUUUUUUUUUUUUUUUUUUUUACUUACACCAAAGUGUUACAAAGACGAUUUUGAUUUGAUGUGCUGAGAUUUUGACAUUUCUGCCUCUGACUGAAACUACUUUCGAACAAAAAAAUAGUCCCUAUGAAGACCACCUACAGCAAAGUCCUGAUUAGAAGGUAAAUUUUUUCUGGAGAGACAGGUUUCUGUUAACUUUUUUUAGUGUUUAAAUGCUUAAAUGAGCAUAAAUGACACAUUAAUUUCAUCUCCAUUGUGUUUAAAUGGAGAAGAUUUAGAGGAGGUUAUCUCAAACUCUAAGCACAUAAAACCAAAACUUCACAUAUUUUAUGAUAUGGGAGGAGUAUGAAAAUGCAUUGUGAUAUGGGUGAACAAACCCUGCUAUUAAAUGCCAUUUAUCUUACUUAUCACAGAGUCUUCUCAAACUUCCUUUUGUCAUUUUUCUUUAGUCUGUAAGUAAACAUAGUGUAGGACCAGCACUGUAUUGUUUUUCCUUGGUGUUGUGAUUCUUGCCUUUAGAGGGCAGCAUAGGCCUACUUUUACACAUAAUCAUUUCACAGCAAUACCUUCAGUGUGACUUCUGUUGUUAACUAAUAUACAGGAAUGUAUGAUAUUAAACAAUUAAACAUGGAA